GGCAUGAAUCCAAUUAAUCCUGAAAAAAUCUUCCUUCCGCAGCAUACUCCCUUUCUUCUCGCCGUCCUCCGGCGGCCGCGCUCCCUCACGCGCCACCACCGCAGUGCUUGCACCACCGCAAGCAGCCUGGUCAUCGCGGGACUCAUGAGAUGCGGCAGUUCUGCCGCACCGGCGCGGCAGAGAGGAGAGGCGGCGCAGGGCAGGGUAUUGACUGAAUCUGCUGCUGCCGUCUCCGAUUCGCCGUCACUGCAGGGCGCGAGAGCUUGCAGCACCUGUAUAACUUAAAGGCUCUUUCUUCCAGAAUUCUAGAGCUUGAUUCGUGAACACAGAGGAGGGAUUAGAUUACCGCUGUUACUGUUAGAUCUUGGGACGCUGCAGUCAGUCAAAUGUCCAAUAAGCGCCGGGGACAUGACCAAGAUGCCACCGGCGGCGGCGACAAGAGGCCGCAGCGUCGCAAGCACCUGUACCUCGUGCUGGAUGAUUGGGACAAGGGGUUCAGCAUCCACAAGAUUGACACUGACAGCUUCGACUCCGACGACCAGCGCAACAAUGCUGCCGGGCACCUCCCUGAGCCACCUGUCCUGCGGUUACAGUCGCCUAUUGGCCCUGUGCCCCAAACCGGCAUAUCAUUCUCCGCUCUGGGCACCAAGAUCUUCACCUUCAUGAACCAACGCUGCGGCCUCAUCUAUGACACCGAGACGGCCGUCCUGGCGAUCGGAGCCCAUGCCCCUGCUCAGAUGGUCUGUGGCUUUGGCAUCACCGUGGCCGUCGGCGAGAUGCUCUAUGCGUUGUCCUAUCGCUUCUCUGACAAGCAGCACUCCUUCGAGGUGAUGUCAUGGGAUGCGACGCAACAUCCAAUGGAGGGCUGGUCCUGGAAGACUCUGCCACCACCGCCACUGACGUUCCACGGCCGCGUUAACUCCUACGCGCUGCACCCGGACGAACGCUCCAUCUUCAUGACCACGGCUAACAAAGGUCGCAUGGGCACCUACUCGUUCGACACCAAGGAUUCUGCGUGGAUGUGGCAUGGGGAAUGGGCCUUGCCGUUCCUCGGCCAAGCUCACUUCGACGGUGAGCUCGACGCUUGGGUUGGCCUUCACCGGGAUGGCUACAUCUGUGCUUGCCGAGUCGCCUCCCCUAGCUGCCAUCCGACAUUGCAGCUGGAUUGCCAGACAACCAAGGAGAGGUUGUUCGGCAAGGGCCCGGAGAGGCACAUGAGAGCCACUCUUGCCUAUGUGGGCUCAAGCAAGUUCUGCCUCGUCCAGUGCGUGGCACGGGAGGGAGUGGAGGGACAAGCUCUGGGAGACCACGGCGGCUGUGUGAUCCAUCUCACCAUGUUUGGACUCAAGUACAAUCACAAGGGAGAGCUGCAGAUUACAGAUCACAGGUCGACGAGCUCCUUCCAAGUGUCUAGGCACAAAAAUCACUUCUGUCCUGUGGCAUUCUGGAUAUAGAAUCUGUUUUGGCUUAUUCCAAAAUGCUCCGCCGGCCACCUGAAUAAUUCCUGUCUGUCACUGGUUCCUGUCGUGCUUUUCUUUAUCCUGCUAGAAAAGUGGAAUUAAUAAAAAAAAGCUUUGUUACCUUGGAAGUUGUGUGUUACUUGACCCAUGAGUUUUUUUUUCCUCAUAUGCAAGUUAUUGAUGUGUGUUCCAAUUGUACUUGAUCUAUUGCUGAAAUAUGUAUUACGUAGGAAGGUGCAUAUAUAUAUAUAUGGUCCUGUGUUUCAACAACUGAGAUGUGAUUCUCUUGCUCUUAGCAAAGCAAGCUAAAUUUAGCAUUUGGACCUCACUACCUCAGAUCUUUAGAUCUGCACAAAACUAAGUUCUGCCAUUAUGUAAAAGAGCUAGUAAUGAGGAGCAUGGAACCUUUUUGCAUUUGGGGAUCAGCAGCAUGGAACCUCUAGUGUUCUAUUAUAUUUGAAGAUGUAGAUUGGUGCAACAGUUCUACCAUUCAUCAGUUUUUAGUUCUGUUCAUGCAAUGCCCUUAUCUCUCUGUUAUUGUAGUUAAUCUGCCAACUCCUGCUAGUUGGAGAAAUGUGGUAACACCCUGGAAAAAUAAGAUUAUGGGGCUAACUGCUGUAGCAAUUAAACUCCUGCAAUCUUAAUUUAAGCCUAUUGCUCUGCAUUUGGGGAAAGGAAUCUCUUGCCAUUUUUAAUAACAGGGUCAUUAGCCAGUUACUGAAGAACUCAUUUCUGUCAUUGUUUUGAGAUAAGAUGCUCGAGUGCAGCAGGAUAACCAAAGUGUCUAGAGGAUUCUCAGGUUGUGUACCACCAAACUAUCCAUCAAGAGUUGUUAACCAUAACCAUACAUUGGAAUUGGCCGCUAUAAUGAACAAACCAGUGCCUGGGCCUGCUGAGAGUUGGCACAUUCGGUCCAAAGACCUAGGUAUGUUUGAUGCACAUUUAUAUAGAGUUUUUCCAGUUUAGGCCUGACAAUUGGCUGGGUUGGAAUUGGUAAGGCUACAAUAUCGCUGAUAGGUUUGGGUGAGUGUUCAGUUCCAAAAAAAGGUUUGGGUGACUCAUCAAGUAUGGUCUGACCACUAAAUUUACCAUCAUAUAUAGCAUAACAAAAGAUCGCAAAGCAAUGAUUUGUAUCAUAAUUAAUUGUUACCAAAUAUAUCAUGGAGUCUGAAUUUGUACAUUUCAAUAAAUGAUUAUUGGCUGUAUGUUUGUGUAGCAUAGUAUUUAGAAACUUGUCAACAGUGUUUUUAAGGCGUCCUUAAGGCGUCGCUUAGGCGACAAGGCGGUGGUGGCUCGCCUCGACUAAGGUGUCGCCUUAGUCCGCCUUAUCCCGCCUAGGCGUCACCUAGGCGAUAAGGCGGUGGUGGCUCGCCUCGUCUCGCCUUAACGCUUUAAAAACCAUGCUUGUCAACAUUUAUUCAGGACAUGAUGACAGACAUAAAGCUACUUGGCCAUGCGAAGUUCUUUUACUACCAUGUUACGCUCUUUUUCUUUCAUCUGUGUUGUCUUUGGUCUUGCAGGCUCUGGAAGUUAUCAAGAGGCUCAUAGAGCUCUUCCCAUAAGACGCAAUUUAAUUUGGAGGCCUGAUGGAGAAGGUUACUGAAUGGAAUACUGCUGUCAUUUCAAAGCAUGAUUCUGUGAUUGCAGAAGGUAGCUCAUCUGUGGAGCAACAUGACAAUCUGAAGUGCCACAAACAGCGCCAGUGAAGGAGUCUAAUGCUAUUGCUCAGAUAAGUGAGACAAUGCAGAAACAGAGCAUUUCUUGUGGAGGACAACUUAUACAGAGAGCACUGCAAGAGGGAUGCGGCACAAGCUGUACAAGAACGGGCCUGCUACCUUGCAGCCAAGAGGAGUGCAUGGUGGAGAUGGAACUGGCCGACUCCAAGAAGGACCUUAAAGACUACGAUUUCUGAUUAGGGCUAAGUAAUGGGAAAGGGCGCAGGACAUGAAGGUGCUGCUGCGGUCCUUUUUUGACCUUCUUCUUUUCCCCCCUGAGGACAGAUAUGGUCGAGUGCGGGUACUGUAUAGUGGAGCAGGUAACCAAGUUUUACGAGAUGGUAGCCAAGUUGUUGGAAUGGAUGUGAUGGCUUAGUUGGAUAGUUUAGGUGCAAUAGAGUUUGUCAGUUUGGGAUAUUGAACCUGGCUGCAUGGAAGGCUUUUGUAUGUAAAGCCGAAUAAACUUGUGGUUGCAGCAAGCGUUUGGGAACUUGAAAACUUUGCUUGGUACGUUGGAAAAAGUUGAUAUGACUUGUGGAGACC